AACCCACUCCGAUUUCAGUCGUCACAAAAAAUCGAAGAACAAAACAUUUCAGGGAUCAAAACGCUCAUUUGGAUUUGAAAGUUCGGAAGAGCGAAAACGAAACCAUAGCAAUUUUCUGUGCGUGAGUGAAGAUCGAAGAAACAUGGAUGACGAAUUGCUUGAGCUGCAGAGACAAUUCGAGUUCGCGCAGCAAGCCAAGUCCAGCAUCCGAUUAUCGGAACGAAACGUCGUCGAAUUGAUCCAAAAACUGCAGCAACUCCAAAUCAUCGAUUUCGAGCUUCUCCACACUGUCUCUGGCAAAGAGUACAUCACUCUCGAUCAACUGAGGAAUGAGAUGGUGAGUGAGGUGAAGAAAUUAGGGCGUGUUUCUGUGAUUGAUCUUGCUGAUUCUACUGGAGUUGACUUGUAUUAUGUUGAGAAGCUGGCUCAGAGCAUUGUAACGGAUCACGGAGAAUUUAUGUUGACUCAAGGGGAAUUCAUGUCGGAAUCUUACUGGGACUCAAUUGCGGAAGAGAUUAAUGAGAGGCUUCAAGAAUGCAGUCAGAUUGCACUGACAGAACUGGCCGCACAAUUGAACGUUGGUUUGGACUUUAUUGCCUCAAUGUUGGAGCCGCGCCUUGGCACUAUGGUGAAAGGCAGGCUUGAAGGUGGGCAAUUGUAUACUCCUGCCUAUGUGGCUCGUGUUAGUGCCAUGGUUCGAGGCGCUGCACGGGGUAUCACGAUUCCGACAAAUUUGACGGUGUUAUGGAGCUCGUUGCAGCAGUUACUGCAAGCAAUGGAUGGAACCAGCGGUGUGGCUGUUGAAGGAGCUUUCUUUCAGUCUUUGUUUAAUGGACUUGUGAAGGAAGGGGAGAUUCUUGGGUCACUUCGUGCUGGAGUACAUUGGACGCCAGCUGUAUUUGCCAUUGCUCAAAGGGAAUCUGUGGAUUCAUUCUUUUCACAGAAUUCUUUUAUCGGCUAUGAGGUUCUGCACAAACUUGGAAUUCCCCAGCCCAUUCAAUUCUUGCAGUCCAGAUAUCCUGAAGGCAAACCUCUAGUUACAACAUUUGUUCACCCAUCUAUGAUUGAGAUGCUAGAUGCUGCUACUGAGGAUGCUCUGGAGCGUGGUAGCUGGAGUGAUUCUCUUUCCUUAUUGCCCUCAUCUUUUACACCUCAAGAUGCAUCUAAAAUGUUGUCUAUCUGUCAAUCUGUUCAAUUGGCUCUUAAGUCUAACAAUGCACACAUUUUUGGGGAUUUUUAUGUGUUCAGCAGCAGCUUUAUGAAGGAAAUCUGUGAUCGUGUGAUGAAAGAGUUGGAGACAUUAGGUUUUUCAGGGUCAUCUGGCACUACGAUAUCUGGUGAUUUACAAGUAGCCGGUGAAGCAAAAGUAGGAUAUGACUCAAGCAGGUUUAAUGAGUCCAAUGAAAUGGCGAGUGAUGGUGGUGCCAGCAGGCAUGCUGAUAAAGGGUCAAAGAAGAAAAAGGGGAAGGGCACUGGAAAUGCAGUAGCAAAUCUAUCAGAAAGUGGUCCAGAUAACCAGGAACAAACUUCCACAAAAUCUAAGAAAAGCCAGAAAAGGGGUAAGGAUACAUCUUCGCAAACGGCAGAUUCAAAGUCAGGCUGUAGGAAAGAAUCACUUAAAAUGAAAGAAGAUAAUCUCAGUACUCCCUCAGAAGAAUGGAUCAUGCAGAAGAUUUCAACCUUGAUUCCUGAUUUUGAAGAACAAGGUAUUGAUGAUCCUGAAACGAUUCUUAGGCCUUUGGCUAACCAAUUAAGGCCUACAAUAAUCAGUUCUUGGAUGGAGAAAAAGAAGGCAUUACUUACAGAUAAUGCAGAAAGAAUGAGACGUUUGCUUGAUAAUUUGCAGAAGAAACUUGAUGAGUCUUUCUUAAACAUGCAGCUGUAUGAAAAAGCCUUAGAAUUGUUCGAAGAUGAUCAAUCAACCUCAGUUGUUUUGCAUAGGCAUUUACUAAGGACAGUAGCAGCUCCUAUGGUGGAUAUGCUUCUUCAUAACCUGGAUGAGCACAACAAAUUAAACAGUGGACUUGACGUGCAGGAAGCUCCAAAUUCUGAAUCUGUUUCACUUAGUCCUGGAGACAGAGCUGCAAUUUCUAAGAGUUUUCCAGGAGCUCUUGCAAAGAAGGCUCUUGCCGUUGUAGAAGCAUUGGAAGGAAAGAGGGUGGAAAUAUUCAUGGCUGCAUUUAGAAUGGUAACAGAAGAGAGUGGGUUGCCUCUGAAAAAGCUUGACAAGAAACUAGAAAGAACACUUUUACAUUCAUAUCGGAAGGAAUUGACAUCUCAAGUUUCUGCUGAGACUGACCCUGUAUCACUUCUCCCAAAAGUUGUGUCUUUACUUUAUAUUCAGGUUCACCACAAAGCUCUUCAAGCCCCUGGAAGGGCCAUUUCAGUUGCUAUUUCCCUACUGAAGGAUAAGCUAGACGAGUCAGCAUACAAGGUUUUAACUGAUUAUCAAACUGCUACAGUGACUGUUUUGGCACUAUUAUCAGCUGCACCUGGUGAUGAAGACGAUUGUGCAUCUGAUAGAAUUUUGAGUAAAAGGGAGCUUCUGGAUAGCAAAAUGGGGGACCUCAAAAGCUUGGUUUUGAGCACGUCUCAAUCUUCAUAAAUACUUUGUAAGCAAAUUGACAACCUGUAUCGAGCCUCAUUGUACGGAUGGGCUGAUUUCGUAGUUUUUUUAUUAGUUGCAAAAGCCUGCGACACAUUACACUUUGUUACAGAGUAGAUAAUUCUGGGGUAUUAGAUUAGAUUUUAUUGCAACAAUUCAUUUUAUUCUAAUUCACACUGCAAAUGUUCGCUAGUUAGUCUUUUCUCAGGAGAACCUAAUGCCCUACUUGCCUUCUCUACGUGGUAUUA